AUGGAACAGUACAGUACAGAACCCGAGCCUCAGCGCUCACCCAGCACAUUCAUCUACAGUCUUCCGAUUAGACUAAACAAUCAGGAUUCCGCGACUAAUACGAACUCAACGACUGCACAACUUCCCACGGCGCCGGCUCGUCCCUCUUCGCAACUUAACGCCAGUUCUCUCCUGGAAUGGCGCGCUGUUGAUGGGCGCGAGAUCAUGAGCAGGCCACUUUCGCCGAUGACUGUGCAAAUCCUAAGCCAAAGAUACGUGGCUGCAGACUACCGCACCGUUUUGCCGCUUAGUUCCACAGAAGCCGUCAUGGACACAGAGUCAGCUUCCGAAAGGGAGAGGCAUACUAUGGCGGCCAGGAUUCGCCAAGUCUGCGACAUUUGUCUACGAGCCACCAAGAGGUACCUCGAACAACGACACAGAAACUUUCGCAUUCGGAAUACCUCAUUCUCACUCAACUCGAACGGUCCCGUGACGCGCGGCUACCCUUCGAGGGUUGCUCUCACGGCCUUUCGCAGCGGUGCACACCAUCAAUCUAUGCGCCUAAACCCGUAUUUUGAUUCUCGCCCUCUUCCAGCGAUUCCAGUCUCCCCCGACGGGACGCCGAAUGGAAUUCUGCUGGCUAAAAUCACCCGGAUUUGCGAUUAUCUCUGGGCGCUCGCUUUACGAGACAGACUGGUGUUGCCGGGCACGGAGCGGGAGACAGUGGCAAACAUGGCGCAGCUGCUGGAGUGGGCAGAGGUGGUCGCGGGGUGUGGAAAUCGCAGCGAACUUACCGAAUCAGCUAUCGACAGGCUGGACUUGCUGCAUUUAUUCCAAGCUGCAAGCAGUCUGUGCAGCUGGUUUGGUGACAGUGAAGGGGAAGCACGACUGAGAGAAGUGGAGAGAGCGCUGUUUGAUGUGUGA